AAUAUUAAUCAUUAUAAAUAAAUUGUGUACUGAACUAAUCCCAGCACCUCCACCAAAAAUUAUGUACCAAAGGGGAUAUAUUGAUAGAGAUGUAACUAGAUUUAUAUGGGUGAAGGACUCAGAAAACCUGUCACUGAAGAAAACCUUAUACAAUACAGAUUUACUAGUGUUCCUUUCGGAAUGAUCUCAAGUCCGUUUUUGUUAAAUGCAACCAUAAAACAUCAAAGUCAAUACAUUAUUUAUUCAAAUAGGCCUAGCAACAAGCACUUUUAAAUCGUCAAAUUUUACAAAUAUCAUCUUAAUCUAAAUAUCAGAGCAAUUUAUUGAUGCAGUUAUUAUUGUUCUCAAAAAACAUUGAAUUAUUAUAGAUAUGUCAAACUUAAUAAUAAGAAUUUCAAUCAAUCAAAUCAUUUAUUUGUUAGAAUACAGUCAAGUGGUUGUUAUCAAAUACAUUUCAAAGAAUAGUGUAUUCAGCCAGCUAACGGGCAUACAAAUCUUAUAUUCAUAAAUAAAAUUAAUCUAAUGUAUACUACAUUAUACUAAACUUAAUAACUAUGCCAAAUAUGGUCAAAAUAAAAAAAUAUCGUCAAACACGCAAAAUUGUAUAAUACUAGUCUAGAAACUUUCUAGAAUAAAAUCUAAAUGUCAAAAAAUACGGUAUAUAAUAUACAUUGAAUUAUCAAUUUCAUCAUUAUUAACAUAACAAUAAAUAAUUCAUUAUUUACAAUCACACUUACUCCCACGGUGUUUCAUCCUUCAUGUAGUCUUGUGUGCUUUAAUAGGCUUUAGAGAUAAGCUUACGUUUUACAUAAUUUUUAAAUUUACUACCAGACAAUUCAGUUAUAAUAUUAGGAAGUUUAUUGUAAAAUCUUACACAAUUACCCAUGAAUGAUUUUUUAAUUUUAUGGAGCCUAGUGAAGGGCACUGCGAGCUUAUGUUUAUUUCUAGUAUUAAUCUUAUGUAUUUCACAGUUUUUCUUAAAACUGGCAAUGUUUUUAUGUACAGUCAACCAAUUUGAAUCCUAGGCCACUAUAGAACCUUGUCGCUUUAACUACUCUAUACAUGACAUGCAUCACUCAAUAAGCACUGUCGUAGACAGACAUUAUGACAUGGUUCUAUAGUGGCCUAGGAAUCAAAUUGGUUGACCGUACAUACAGAAUAUUCUCAUAAAUAUAUUGACAGUGCACUGUCAUUAUUUUGAUGUCCUUAAACUUAUCUCUAAGUGAGUCUCUAUGGUUCAUUUUAUACAUUGCACGAAUAGCUCUCUUCUGCAGAACAAAAAUAGUAUUUAUCUCUGAAGCACUACCCCAUAGUAAAAUACCAUAUGACAUAAUGCUAUGAAACUAUUCGUUCACGUUGUAUCGAAAUCGUAGGUGUUAGUUGAAAUCUGCCGCUACAACUUCACAGAAAAGUUUAGAAUAUCUGAUUCUGUGAUCUUCUAUCUGGAAUGAAAUACUUAGUUUCAGGGGUUCUUAACUUCUUAGCACUUCUUAGAAAAUGAAAAUAAUCAGGAACAUUUCUUUAUUGUUCCUCUACCUCUUCAUUAUGUAAUCUCUCGCAACGACAACGAUUGACGCAUACUUUACUCUUUGGAGCGAUGAGAUUUUGGCACUGUCAGACCAUUGUCAAGACCAUGCCAAGACAGAUGAUGUCACAGUCUAGAAUAUAUAGGGAGAAAUACUUUUAGUUAAACAGGGUUUUACUUAAUAUACAAUGGCAAUUAUGAAUGACAUGUAGGCUUAUAAUCACUAAUUAAAUUCAUGGACCCUCAAAGGAAAGCAGUACCCGGGCCCAUGGCUAAAACGAGUUUAAAGUCGUCGCGUAAAAACACUGGUGUCAUGAACACUUACCUUAAGCCUGUCGCGCCGAAUAAGGAAAUUAAAACAGCACACACUAGCACUCCCACCGUUGAGCACCGCUCUUUCCCUAGUGAAGAAAACCAGAUCUACGGCGGGCAAGUGAAUGUGCUGUCUAUCAUUGACUUAGAUAAGGACAUAAGGUGCUGCAAGUAUUCAGAAGAUGUCAGAGAGAUAGCAGUGGGGUUCGCGGACGGCACGAUAAGGCUGUUUGACUGCAGCACGGGGGAAUGCACACAUAGCCUGGUGGACGAUGAGUGCCGCUCCUAUCCCGGCCCCGUCACGUCCAUCAAGCACAGACCCAUCAGCGAUGCACAUCCCAAUUCUAACACACUCAUAUCCACAUAUGUUAACGGUUGUAUAAAAUGCUGGAUGUCCAAAUACGACCAAUGUCUGUACACAAUUAGGGAGAAGAGACAGACGCUGGGUCUCACGUACCACCCUCGUUUUUGCAAGUUCGUCACCUACGGGGACGACCGUAGAAUCAACAUGUAUGAUGAAGAGGCACAGACACAAGAAAGAGCAUUUUACUCAAGCGGUGCAAGGGGCGUUAUAGACGGCCACUCGUCAAGGAUAUUCGCUUGCGCGUUCCACCCUAAGUCGAAUCACGAGUUGGUGUCGGGCGGCUGGGACGACACCGUCAUGUGUUGGGACGACCGCGUGCCGUACGCCACGCGGCACUUCGCGGGCGUGCACAUGUGCGGGGAGGGGCUGGACUUUGACAAGCCGGGAAAACAGAUCCUAACCUGUUCUUGGCAAGAGAAGGACUGUAUUCAGUUGUGGGAUUACGGCUCCUGCAAAGUGAUAGAAACUAUUGUCCCGGAUACUUAUCAAUCGAAACUGUACUGUGGAAGGAUGGUGCCGAAAACGAGUCUCAUAGUUUGCGGUGGAUCCGAAAUUAAUAUGCUGCGUGUCGUUGAUAUCAAUCUGAAAAUAACGGAGUGUUGUAUACGUAAUAACCCAGGCGGUAUAUAUGGUUUUGAUUUUGGAAGGGUACGAAGAAAAAUUACUGUCGAUACAGGAGGUGGGUAUAAAAAGAUCAGUGAAAUUGGCAGCAUACCGCGUGUCGCCUACGUAAGCGGGAAGAGGUUGCAGAUUGUAGACUUCGGCCAAUCAUGAUUAUUUCAGCAGCCACAUUGUUAUACGUUUAUUUUAUUUUUUUAUAUAUUUUUUUUACUUUAUACUCUAAUAAAGGGCGAGAUGAACAGAAACUUCCCUGGAAAGUUGUA